GCAGCCCAGCGUGCUGAAGGACCUCAGGACGCCGCUGGUGCGCAUGCGCAAACUUGCACGCACAGUUCAAAACAAUCGUAGCUUGAGUCUGUGAUAUUUGUAAUUAUACAUUAUAAACAUCAAACUAACGCUCGUAUUUGAACUCGACACGCAUCAAGCGUCAGACUUUAUCUCUCCGGAAGCGGAAAUAUAAAGCAGGCUGAAUGUGGGAUGGACAUGUACUCCGGUGUGAGAGACAAUCCGUCUGAUGCUGCCAGACAACAGGAGAGACACUAUUACCUGCUGUCAGAGCUGCAGACGCUCGUGAAGGACCUGCCCAGCUCGUUUCAGCAGCGUCUGUCUUACACCACGCUCAGUGACCUGGCUCAAGCGCUCAUCGACGGGACGGUGUAUGAAAUAGUUCAAGGGCUGCUGGACAUUCAACACCUGACAGAGAAAAACCUCUACAACCAGAGACAGAAACUACACAGCGAACACAGAGCUCUCAAGCAGGAUUUGGUUCGGAAACACAAACAGGCUCUGCAGACGUGCAAGUCUCACAAUCUGGCCGUUCUGAAAACCAACCAGAGAGCAGAAGCUGAGGCUCUCGAUCAGCGGGUGAAAGAAGAGCAGAGGAUGAUGGACGAGAAGGUCGUGGCUGAGAUGGAUCAGAAGGUUCUGGAUCAGCAGAACACGCUGGAGAAAGCAGGCGUGCCGGGUUUCUACAUCACCACCAACCCACAGGAGGUGAUGAUGCAGAUGAAUUUGCUGGAACUGGUCCUGAAGCUGCAGCAGAAAGAGACGGUGUCUGGAUCUCUGCCCUGAAAGAACCGGACACGAGUCGAGCUUCUCAGUUUCAACAUGAAAUAAGUGUGGAUGACCUGUUUAGAAGUAUUUAUAAGAGUCUCUUUUAGUUGAUGAUGAUGGGCUGGAAAUGUCUAUAUUAUAACAUAACAAUGGACGACACUGCCCACCGCUUUUCUUUUGACAUUAAAUAUUGUUUCGUAAAUAUGUGUAAAAUUUGCAAAUGAGUUUGCUUUGCACACAUUCAUGCGCUGUUAUGAUUUGUUACAUGUGAAGGAACCAUAUUUGUUUAUUCUUGAAUAAUUACUAAAAAUGACAGUCUGCAUUUAUUGACUCGUUCAUUUCUCUGAACAUGAUUUGCAUCAAGUCAUAAAAACUGACUGUGUGUCAGGUUUGCUUCGUUGAAUGU